AUAUUUCAAAGUUGAGCGUGCAUCAGUUAUUAUUAACUAUGUAUAACUGUCGUUGUUUUUAAUUUUUCUUUUCAUUGAGAAUUUAUUAUGUAUACGGUUAUGAAGUUUUUUUUUAAUUUUUAUAUUGUUGUACACUUUGCGCUCUAAAGUAACUGUUAAUUGUAAAUAAAAACCCUUCACUGUCAUCGGUGAUGAACAGCAGUAGUCAGUGGUGUGUUGUUAUUUUUCACACAUUUGCAUAUUCACAUAGCAUGAAAUACGUUCUACACGCCGCGUACAAUACAGUGUAAUAUUUUUAUUCCGCUGUCAUGUCUAAACGUACAUACUCGUCAUCGUCGCAGCGUGCCAGCCAGCAGACAAAUUAAGUAAUUAUUAAUAAUAUAUAACGUAAUGCAUAAUUUUUUUUCGGACUCCCGAUUUUCUGUCCUCGUGUAAUGUUCGGUACUCAAACUAAUUCGACUAGAUAUUAUACACUAUGCAUUUUUAAUAUUCUAAAGUAAGUCUGAACGAGUGUUGGCAUUUUAAUAUUUAUACCAUACGACUGUGUUUUAUAUUGUUAUUUGCAUAUUAUUACUAUUUUUAGUAUCAUCAUCAUCAUUAUUAUUAUUGUAUAUAAUAUUUAUAUGGUUGACUUCCUAAGUCCGUCAAACGCCCGUACAAUAUCCUUAUGUUGUUUCAUAAAACGGUGGAAAUUUUCUUGCGCGAUCGUCCGACAACUGCGACGGGAAUCCGUAUGGCCGGUUGCGAUUGGACGUCGACCCGGCCGUGGUGGUGCACGCAUGCGCUGCCUCAUUUUCCUCGCGGGUGAUGUGCGGGCGCUUCUUCCCACCUAGCGCGAACGCCGUUGCCGCCACCUGCCUGCCUAUGUGUCCGUCGACGACGCGCGCGCGGCGAAACGCACACGCGGCCGCCGCCGUCGUCUAUCCGCGCGCACGCAUUCGCAUCAGUGUUUGUGCGACAGUCUUGAUCGGCGGACACCGUCGUCGACCGUGUUCGAAUCAUAUUCGUCAUUUCAAUAUCAAUCCGUGCGGUUGUUGUGUUUUUGCAUAUUUAUUUUAUGAAUUUUAUAAAAACCUUUUUUCUUUUUGGUAAAAAAAAUUGUUUUUGCGACGUUUGUUUGUUAAACCACAGAUUAUAAUAUAAAUAUUAUUUUUUGACAUACGCUCAUUAUUGUACCAUCAUGGUCGAAAUUCGGCGGUGCGUUUAGCGGCACUUGACCAUCUGUCGACCGCCUAUACUCUAACGUCGACACCAUGGUGGUACUGGAAAACCCGAUGCCGGAUCCUCUGGCUACCGGCGUCGGUCUGGUACAGGACGCCGCGGCCACCACCCCGUUAACCGUGGACACUACCGGUGCCGUGGCGCCGCAACACCACCAGUCGUCCGUCGGUGGUUGCCUGUCUGCCACGUAUCCGAUACCCACGACCGCUGCGGCUGUUGCCGGUCAAAGGCACCAUUUAAAAAUGGUGCCCAAACGGUUCAUCAACAUGCAUCAGUGGUUCAACCCGAUCGGCGUCAAGCAAAUCAAAGAGGCCAUGGUGAGUGAUGCUCUUUUUAUAAAUCAAAGUUUAUAAAGUACUUUUGUUGUAAGUAAUAUUUAAAUUUAUGAUUAAAUCUCAAGUAAUGCUUAAAAGAAUUUUAAUUUGGUUUACCUGUUUCAAAACUUAAUUUACUUCAAUGUGAUGUCCGGAACUAAUUAAAAUUACUUACCAAACCAAUUAUGUAUCUCUAGGAAGGGUUGAAAAUUAUUGUGCAUAUGCUGUGUGUCUGUGUUUGUUGAUUGUGCUUUCUCUGUUCCCUAUCCUAUAGAAAAAUGUAAUUAAAUCCUCGGCUACGAUACCAUUGUGGUAAUUCAUGUGGGAAAAGGUCACCCAGGGCAGAAAUUCGAUUUAUGUUGUUAAACGUACAUGGAAAACGUACAUAAGUGUACAUUUGAAUCAUAGAAGGAUCAACGCCCGGCUUUAAUCAAUUUUCCCGUUUUCAUAAUUAGAAUGCUGUUAAAAAUUAAAUUAAAUAAUUACAAUUUGAUAAACCUUAAAAUUAUAAUUUUGGUAAUAAAUUAAAAUAUAAUAUUAGAUGUACACUAAUGUCUCUUUUUAUUUAGACAUGUUAGAUUUUCUUUUUGUCUAAAAAUGUAUACGAUAUCUUUAAAAUGUUAUCUAUACAUUGUAUUUAAUAAUGAAUGUUUACUUUGUAAUCGAGGUGUAUGUAGUUAUGUACGUUUUUAGUGUUUACGUGUCACUUUGAAUCUGUUUCAAAUGUUAGCCAUUUAAACUUUAACUGAGAUAAAUAAAUGAGUGAUUUCUAUGAUAUCGUACAUUUAUUUAUUGCAAGGCUUGCGUAUAUUAUUAAGUUGUAGUAUCUAAGAAAGAAAUAAGUUAGAUUCAGUUACGAUCUCACAGAGUUCAAUAUCAUUCUAUUUUUCCAAUAUUUUCUCUAUUGAUACGUAAAGGUGGUGUCGGGUGAUAUGGUUAGCGCUUCAGUGGUCAAAGAAAAAUCCACAAAAAUUCUAUCAAAAGACCAAAGGUUAACACUGCCGGGUUUUGAUCGGAUUAUGUUCAUUUUAUAUAACUUUGAACUAAAGCACUUAGCUAUACCUCUCGAGGCUUAUAAUCGCAUUAAUGGCUGUCGAUUAUUUUAUAAAUCAUCUUUAAAUUUCAACAUUUUCAUCUGUCUUCCUGCCAAGGAUUUUCAAGUGCCAUAUUCUUGUUAUACAAUGUUAAUAUAUCAUAGUAGUGUAUUGUUGAUUAAAUCAAAACGAGUUGUCUUACAAUGAUAAUUAAUUUAUAAUUAUAUAUCGUGGAUUUCCUAUAUUAAAAAUCUUUAAUUUAGUUAAGAGUGUAGUUCAAUUUUGAACGAAAUCCUAGGAUUUUUAUCAACAUACACAGCAGUCUCUAUACUUUCAUUUAUUUUAUCUCAACAUCAAGUCGUCUUCGUUGUUUAAAAAAAAAAAAGUACGAGAAUCAUAUUUAAAGAGUGAUCUAGUUAUUAUCGUGUUGUUUUUUCCCUUAUCUUGUUCACAUGAAUUAUGUGUUUUAUUAUAUUCAUUUAUAUAUAUAUUAGUUAUUAGGUUAUUUUUAUACUAAAAAUAUUUUAAGCGUAAAUCUAUAUGAAAUAAUAACAUUGUUUGCUCGCGUAAUAUAAUUAUAUCAAGUCAACCAUCAAUAGUAUAGUGUGUUACCUCUCACAGUGGGAACAGGAAAUUAAAAGGCAUUUUUUCACUCAGAAAUUCGACUAAUGCAUGCGCGCGACAAUAAUAUAAACUUAAUCGAAAAAUUAUAACAACGAAUAUCGCUCAAUAAUAAUGGUAAUAGGGCUGGUUGCCCCACAGUUUCGCUGGGCAUAUCCUUUGCCAUGGUAAUAUUGUGGGGAUGGAUUAAAUUAUUCGUGCAAAAGAUGCUGUAUGUCUUGACACAUGCAACAAGAUGGUGGGAUUGUGGAGAGGGGGAGGGGGUGCCGGAUGAACAUUCGUGCGUCUGUUAGCAAAACGUUUCUGCCGGAUAUAGAUAAACGUUUCCGCUCACCGUUAGAACUUUAGAAGUAUGGAGUAAUGCGUUUCGCCUUUUUUACGACUUAAAGAGAAUAUCGAGAAAAACAUACAGAGAUAUCAUAACGUUUAUAUUUUAUGUGUAAAUAACUAGCUAAAAAGAAGAAGAAAAAUUCAACGUGAAUUAUUAUAUUAUAAUAAAUAUUCUAUUAAAUCGAAUACGAUAUAUUCAUCACAACAUUUUUUACGCCAAAUUUAUUCACAACAAAAACAUAAUAUUAAUUCUUAUCUCAAAACCCCAUGUCCUCUUUAUUUUCAACUAGAUCAAAUAAUUUAAGUAAUAUUCUGCUGAAUUUUGAAAUAUCCAAUCGAUAAACUUAAUCAAAAUGAACAAUCUCGUUAACUCUAAAGGUGUUUUUAAUAUAUUUAU